AUCAGGUCGUGCAAUAGACACGAAGAGCGUAAGAACUUCCAGUUUUAUUCUAGUGCCACCAGCAGUGUAAUUCGAGUGCUCUCAAUCAAUCAAUGCGUAAAACCGGACUGGAAGUUAGAAGUGCGUUUCCGAGCACGACCGAUUGAGGGAUCAUGUCCAUGGCGAUGGGCUCCUGGAUGCGAGUACAACUCGUAUGUGUUGGAUGCUUCGUCGAAGAAGAGCUCCGAUAACAUAAGUCAUGUGGGUUCAAACAGAUUACUAGUUGUUUUAAUGCUAUGGAGAUGCCGUCAUUUCAACUAUCUGAGGUUUUAUCUUUUCAGGUUUACUGAUUGGAUUAGAAUUAUAUUUUUCCUGGAGACAUGGAGAGCACAGGGCGCGAGUCAUGUAUUUUUGUACUAUCAUUCAUCUACCAACAAUGUUCGCAAGGUGUUAGACAACUACGAAAAACAGCGCUUCGUUACCAUUAUUCCGUGGCCAUCUUUGCCGAAGAAUUCCAUUGUCGAUCCGAACAAAUCGGUGUACCGUCUGGCACACUCACUUGCUCACAAUGAUUGCAUACUACGAAUUGGUAGCGAAUUCGGUGCCUUGGUUGACAUCGACGAGCUCAUCAUUCCAAGGCAUGUGAAGAAAACAUUUUGA